CGCAGUGACACACACUGAUGUUCACUGGUACCGACUGUCCCCAGAGCAAAUUAUGGAGCGAGUUUUAACAGAUCCAGGAAGUGGCUCCACACAAUGGAGCACAAGAUUCCAGCCUUCCAGAGACUCUUCCAGUAACAGCUUCAUUCUGACCAUCACAAACGUGCAGCCCAGUGACACUGGGGUCUAUUACUGCUCAAUCUGGGGAAAGAUCUAUGGGAGAGGAAGCCAGCUCAUUGUAGACAGUAUCACUGGUCCAGUCCUUCUCCAGUCUCCAAGCCUAGAACAUGUCACCCAGGAUCACACUGCCCGGUUCCAGUGCACCAUGAGGAAUGCCAUAGUGACACACACCGGUGUUCACUGGUACCGACUCUCUGCAAAAGAAAUUAUGGAGUGGGUUUUAACACAUCCAGAAAGUGGCUCCACAGAAUGGAGUCCAGGAUUCACUGAGCGAUUCCAGCCUUCCAGAGACCCCUCCAGUAACAGCUUCAUUCUGACCAUCAAACACGUGCAGCCCAAUGACAAUGGGGUUUAUUAUUGCUUAGUCUUGGGAAGGAUAUAUGGGGGAGGAAGCCAGCUCAAUAUCACCAAUGCAAAUGUCCCGGUCCUUCUCCAGUCUCUGAGCCUGGAACGUAUCACCGAGGGUCACACUGGCCGGUUACAGUGCACCGUGAGGAACGCCGCAGUGACACACACUAAUGUUCACUGGGACCGGGAGAAAGCAGGAAAUAAGGUGGAGUGGGUUUUAACACAUGACAUGAGGAACAUCACACAAUGGAGCCCAGGAUUCACUGAGCGAUUCCAGUCUUCCAGGGACCCCUCCAAUAACAGCUUCAUUCUAACCAUCACAAACGUGCAGCCCAAUGACACUGGGGUAUAUUACUGUAAACUGUGGGGAGAUAUCAGUGGGAAUGGAACCCAGCUGACUGUAACAGAUCCAUUGGCUGAUCCAGUCCUCAUUCAGGAUCCAGUGGUCAGCAAGGUACCAGGGGGUGAAACUGUCACGUUCCAGUGUGCCAUGCACAAUGCCAGUGUGAUUGACACUGAUGUCCACUGGCACCACCAGCGACCUGGCAGCAACAGGGAGUGGGUGAUAAGCCACUUUGUGAACGGCACCCUCACCAAGGCCCAGGGUUUCCAUGAUCGUGUUCUGCUUUCCAGGAAUAUCCACAGGAACAGUUACACUCUGAGCCUUGUAAAUGUGACUCAGAAUGAUACUGCUGUGUACAGCUGCAGUGUGUGGAGCUACAUCUAUGGAGCAGGGAGCCAACUCAAUGUAACUGAAGCAUCUUCCCACAAACUUCCCUGGACUUCAGAUCCCAUUUUAAUCAUUGGCACCAUUCUGGGCAUCACUGUCUUGAUCUGCAUUGCCCUGCUCACAUUUUUCCUUCGGAAACAAAAGCUGCAUUCAUCAGUGAAGGACUCCACACAAGGGAACCCUGUUGAAGACCAGGACAUUGUGUAUGCAACAGUAAAUGACCGAACAUGGAGCAGUGAGCAAGUGGCAGUUCCACCUGUUGUGCCGGCUGAAGGGGAAUGUCAUUAUACUGAGCUUCACUUUCACCGACAAGGAAGCAGCCAGCCGACAGUAACAGCUGCUGAAACGAGCUCGGAGUACGCAGUUAUAAAACAGGCAAGAAACUGAAGUUCAGCAGGACCCUUUCACUCUGCAGCAAGGAGCAGUCAAGAGCAGUUCACUCCAUCUGAAUCAUCUCAGCUUCUUCUUCACAUUCACUCAGAUUCAGGCUUCCUCACCAACAAUUGUUCCAUGUCCAUAUAUUUCCAGACCCUGAAAUUACUGGGCACUCAGACCCUCUCAAACCCUGAGAUUACUGAGUACUCAGACCCUCUCAAACCCUGAGAUUACUGAGUACUCAGACCCUCUCAAACCCUGAGAUUACUGAGCACUCAGACCCUCUCAAACCUUGAGAUUACUGCACACUCUGACCCUCCCAGAGCCUGAGAUUACUGGGCACUCUGAUCAUCCAGAACCCUGAUAGAACCUGGAACAGUACAGCGCAUGAAAUGGCCCUUUGGCCCACGAUAUUGUGCUGAACAUUACACCAAAUGAAACUAAUCCCUUCUGUGUGCCCAUGGUCCAUGUCCCUCCAUUCCUUGAAUAUUCAUGUGGCUUGUUUAAGCACCCCAAUUGUAACUGACUCCACCAUUACCCCUGGCAAUGCAUUCCAGCCUCCUCCCACUCGCUGUGUAAAAUACCUGCCUCUCAAAUCUCCUGGGAACUUACCCUCUCUCACCUUAAACGCAUACCCCAUCGUAUUCGACAUUUCAACUCAAGGAGAAGGAUUCUGACCAUCAAUCAUAUCUAUGCAUAUCAUUGUCUUAUGGACUUCUAUCAAGCCUCUCCUCAGCCUCUGCUGCUCCAAAGAAAACAACCCAAGUUUCUCUAGCCUCUCCUUUUGGCUCAUAUCCUCUCAUUCAGGCAGCCUCCUGAUAAACCUCUUCUGCACCCUCGCCAAAGCCUCCACGUCCUUCCUGUAAUGUAGAAAUCAGAAUUGAACACAAUACUCUAAGUGAGGCCUAACCAAAGUCUUAUAAAGUGGCAACAUGACGCCCUGACUCUCAUACUCAAUUCCCUGACCCAGUAAACACAAGCAUGCAUGUGCUUUCUGUACAAUCCUAUCUACAGUGUAACCACUUUCAGGGAGCUGUGAACUUGAAUUCCAAGUCUCUCUCAACAUCAAUGUUUUUCAAGAUCCUACCAUUAACUGUGUACUUUUCCUGAACAUUUGAUCUCCCAAAGUGCAGCACCUCACACUUACUUGGAUAAAACACCAUCUGCCAUUUCUUCACCCAUACCAGCAACUGAUCUACAUCCCGCUGUAUCCUUUGCCAACCUUCCAACCUAUCCACAACUCCACUGAUCUUUGUAUCACCUGCAAAUGUACUAACCCACCUAUCUACAUUUCCAUCUAAGUCAUUUAUAUUGUUAUAAAGCAGAGGUUAACCCCUUCCCCCCACCCCCCCACACCCCUCCCCCAAGAAGUAAAACCAAAACACCCCAAGAGGAGCACCUUGUCUUAUAAUCUGUUUAAGGAGGGUGGAAAGUGGUGUAACCUGCCUUUCAGCAACUUCUAGUUAUUAAAUGAAUUAAACCUCUGACACGCACUUCGCAAUUAAUAUACGACAAUUUAUUUAUGUAACUCUAACAGUGAACAAAUUAACUAAAUUAUUAAUAAGCCAAAUAAACCCCUUCUAACUACUAACUAGUCCCAAAUAAAACAAGAUUCCCAUAGUAUGCUGUUCCAUAGUUACAAAUCCCACUCAUGUAACAGAAAAUAGCAUUUAGAACAUUAUAGCCUGGUUACAUGUCUUCUGGAAUCUUUUGUGCUUUCACAAUCAAGUCUCCUGUCAAGAAUAUUAACUAGCUGUGCCGUUAGCAUGGUUGUUAUUCAGACGGUGUUUUGUCUAAGACAGAGAGGAGGCUGUGAGAGCCCAUAAUUCUCUCUUGACAGCUAGGGGGCAUUAGCUCUAGCAAGUGGCAGUUUUCUCUGGGAUCUUUGUCCAACUACACUCUUCUUUUAUACCCAUGAUGACAUAUCAAUAUUUCUUACAUAGUGUUACGACACGGGGUAAACCCCUCUGCUACAAUCAACCAGCAACUCAAAAAGAUUCAUCCCAUGCUGUAAUCUGUUAAAAUUUGAGAGGCAAAGAACGAUCCCAAAAGUCACUAUUUAAAGUAAAAAAUAACAACUUUUUAAAGUCUAACAGAUAAUGAUUAACUAACAAUUAUUUAUAAUUCCUUUAUCUAAACCUAUCUUUUACUUUCCCCUCUACACUACAGGUCCAAUAAAAAUCCCAAUUACGAUUUACAAAAAAAAGAUCAUGUUUCAAAACCAGUCAGCUUUGCUGGGUGUUCUCUGUAGAAUUUCCUCUGUCUUCUUUUCUGCUUCUUAAGGAUUUUGCUUCACAUGUCAUUGAUAGAUAAAGGUACCUUUAAGAGAGCACAUGUUUCUGUUAGCAGUCUCUCUAGUUGUUGGUGCUAGCUGCUCUUUGCCGCUUUGGGUAACUGUUCAAAAUGUCUGAUAUUCAUACCCCAAAACAUUGAAUCAUUUCAUUGGUUUUGUGUUGUCAAAACAGUAUUUGUUUUUUCAAAUUUGAUUGGAUUUUGGUAACUUGGGGUAUAAUUUACACUGA